CUCAUUUCUGUACGCCAGGCACUGCCCCUGGGCUUUCUGUCCUGCCCCAGAGAAGCAGCACCAACAUAUUUAAAUCACCGUGGCGUUAAAUACGUUUUAAUAUCUGAUAGGGCCAGUUUCUGCGCAUUGCACAUUUUUUUUUCCCUUUCAGGAACGUGUUCGGGCCCGCGGCAGGGGGCGUGGUCGCGCCUCCUCCGCAGCUCCGGUUCCAGCCCAGCCUCACGGACUCCGAGAUGGAAAUCCCGAGGCCGCUCCCAGCUCACGGGACGCCACAGGGCGGCGGCGGCUGCGGCGCUAGCUCCGCGGGCGGCGUCCGGGUCCACCGAAGCCCCGACCUGUCGGCCGCCCAGACCCCGGCACGCCGCCUCCUGCUGCUCCGGGGCCCCCAAGAUGGCGGGCCCGGGCGGCGGCGCGAAGAGGCCCGCACGGCCUCACGGGGCCUGGGCUCGAGCCUGUUGGCGCCGAGGCCCGAUCACGUCGGCGGCGGCGGCGGCGGCGAGGACUUCUUCCUGGUUCUGCUCGACCCGGUGGGUGGCGACGUGGAGACCGCGGGCGCGGGUCAGGCCGCAGGGCCCGUGUGGAGGGAGGCGGCCGAGGUGGGCCCGGGGCCACAACGGGGCGAGAGCGGCGCGAGCCCUUCGGCCAGGCCCGUGCUGGGUGUCCGCUGCCUGUCGGCCACCCCCGCCCGGCCCCCGACCCCCGCCGCCGGCUCAGGCCCCGCGGCGGCCUUCGCGGGCACCAUCACUAUCCACAACCAGGACCUGCUGUUGCGCUUCGAGAACGGCGUCCUCACCCUGGCCACGCCCCCGCUGCCGGCUUGGGAGCCAGGGGUCGCGCCCGCCCCGCAGCCCGCAGAGCUGAUGGCCCCGCAAGCCGGGCUCCCGCACUCCACGCACUCCACGCAGCCUGGCGACUGCCCCGAGCUGCCGCCAGACCUGCUGCUGGCCGAGCCGGCGGAGCCUGCGCCUGCCCCGGCGCCCGAGGAGGAGGCGGAGAGCCAGGCCGCUGCGCAGAGCCCCCGAGGGACGCUGGGCCCAAGCCCGGGCAUGGUGCUGUACCUGUGCCCCGAGGCACAAUGUGGACAGACUUUCGCCAAGAAGCACCAGCUGAAGGUGCACCUGCUGACGCACAGCAGCAGCCAGGGCCAGAGGCCCUUCAAGUGUCCCUUGGGUGGCUGCGGCUGGACCUUCACCACCUCCUACAAGCUCAAGAGGCACCUGCAGUCUCACGACAAACUGCGUCCCUUCGGCUGCCCAGCGGAGGGCUGUGGCAAGAGCUUCACCACCGUGUACAACCUCAAGGCGCACAUGAAGGGCCAUGAGCAGGAGAACUCUUUCAAAUGCGAAGUGUGUGAGGAGAGCUUCCCCACCCAGGCCAAGCUCAGCGCCCAUCAGCGCAGCCACUUCGAGCCAGAGAGGCCCUACCAGUGUGCCUUUUCCGGCUGCAAGAAGACCUUCAUCACAGUGAGUGCCCUGUUCUCCCAUAACCGCGCCCAUUUCAGGGAGCAGGAACUCUUUUCCUGCUCUUUUCCUGGCUGCAGCAAACAGUACGACAAGGCCUGUAGGCUCAAGAUUCACCUGCGCAGCCACACGGGUGAGAGGCCCUUCCUCUGCGACUUUGAUGGCUGUGGCUGGAACUUCACCAGCAUGUCCAAACUCUUAAGGCACAAAAGGAAGCACGAUGAUGACCGGAGGUUCACGUGCCCCGUGGAAGGCUGUGGGAAAUCCUUCACCAGGGCCGAGCAUCUGAAAGGCCACAGCAUAACCCACCUGGGCACAAAACCUUUCGUGUGCCCUGUGGAAGGCUGCUGUGCCCGGUUCUCUGCCCGAAGCAGUCUCUACAUUCACUCCAAGAAACACCUGCAGGAUGUGGACACCUGGAAGAGCCGUUGUCCAGUGUCCACCUGCAAUAAGCUCUUCACCUCCAAGCACAGCAUGAAGACACACAUGGCCAAAAGGCAUAACCUUGGCCAGGAUCUCCUGGCUCAGCUGGAAGCCACAGAUUCUCUUACGCCCAGCAGCGAGCUCACCAGCCAGGGACAGAAUGAUCUCAGUGAUGCGGAGAUAGUGUCUCUCUUCUCCGACGCGCCUGGCAACAGUUCUGCCACGGUGCUGGACACGGCCUUAGUGAAUUCCGGAAUCUUGACCAUCGAUGUGGCCUCUGUGAGCUCCUCUCUGGCGGGGAGUCUCCCUGCCAACACCACUAACUCCUUGGGGCAGGCUGUGGACCCUCGUGCUUUGAUGGCCACCAGUGACCUUCCUCAAAGUCUGGAUACCUCUCUCUUUUUUGGAACAACGGCAGCCAGCUUUCAGCAGAGCUCCUUGGAUACCGAUGAUGUUGUCUCGAGUGCUGCUGCCGGGCCCUUGGGAUCCCUGGGCUCGUUGGCUAUGAAAACCUGCAGCCCGGAGCCCCAGGCCUUGACACCCAGCAGUAAGUUAACAGUGGACACAGAAGCUCUCACUCCUUCCAGCACCCUUUGUGAAAACAGUGUCUCGGAACUGCUGGCACCAACCAAAGCAGAUUGGAAUGUACAUCCUGACUCUGACUUCUUUGGACAGGAGGGACAAGCCCAAUUUGGAUUCUCCAACCCAGCAGGAAGCCAUGGUUCUCGAAAAGAAACAGAUCUUGCCACGGUGACUGGAAGCUCAUUUCUGGUAUGAAACAAGUGUGGCUUGCAUUUAUUACACCCCGUUCUGAGGAUGUCCUGGACUAAUUGUUUAAAUACUGUCCUUUUCUUUUGGAUUUGCAGUUGAACACGGCCCUGGACUACUAGUUUGGGGAUUUAAAUGCCGACCGUGAGUCUGGAACCAACAAGUUGUGUGAUCCUGAGCAAGCCACUUAACCUGUCUGAUCCUUCAGUUACGUAUUUAAAUGUAUUGUGGUUUGAAUUGGCUGUAUAUUCCGUUCCUUUUUUUCAUGAAUCUGUUGUAUUUCUGAAAAAACUUGAGCAUUUUUUUUACAGUGAUCAUUUAUUUUAAGUACUUCUAUUGUGAUGAUAAAUACGUCAACCCUUUGAGCAUUAAAUGGUGUUAGAUCUAGAAACUGUUGUUUUAUUAACUUGAAAAUGUAAUGGGAUUAGUACACAGUGCCAAAAUAAUUAAUCUUGUACUGGAUAUUAAUAGAGAAAUACUAAAGUAUUUUUGAUUCCUACUUUUUUUUUCAUUUUUUCCUACUCUGGCAUACUCAUAAAUUUAUCUGUUUUUAU